UGCGCGACCGCUGCUGCUGCUGCUUGAGUUCUGAGCGACAGUGCUUGAGCUUCAAACAGUCGCGAGCGACCUCAACAGUUUUCGUCAUUACUGGAAAUUUGGAGGAUUUGAGAGGGGGAAAAAAAACUUUUCAUUCCCGUUUACAUCUUUUUAUUUCUUGGUUUUCUUUUGUGUUGUGAGAAAAACAGGCUCUUUUUUCUACUUUACGAUGUUCUCUGUCAAGUUUUUUGGUUCUGAGAGAGUUUGAAGACGGAGAUAAAUCUUUUCAUGUGUUCAACGCUGGAGUCAGCUGACGAGAUAAACUAACAAAUGAGGAACUACGAGUGUCAGCAUUCAUGUAAAUAAUAAAACAACUCAAAUACUUGAAGAGAGAGAUACAUGAAGAGAAAGAAAAGACUUUUCCCCGCUAAACGGGACACUUGAAAGUUUGUUUUGUGCGCUAGAGCACUAGAAGAUGCAUCACUGAAACAACACUGGUACCGAGUGACCGUUGCAGGGUAAUUUCUAGUCACUUGGCACCUGGCUCCAGAACAGAUGUCCAAGGAGGACCACAGCCACAGUGUCAGCCCGCCCGAACCUCCAGAUGGAGCCCAACCGGACAGCCGGCCCAUGGAAACUCUCACUGCGCCAUGUCCAGAAGGGAAUAAAACCGGUGAGCAGACAGUACAGAAUUCAAACACCCCACCCAUGGAAAAGACAGGAGACGUGGAGAAUGGCAACAACAACAGCUUGUCCCAACCGGACCUCACUAGCAGUCCUGGCAAAAGCAUAACAUAUCAACCUCAGGCACGGUCUACGCCCAUACACCCCACGCUACAUAACUCAGCCGAAUCAGCAGCACUGCUGAGGAGAGAUAGCAAGCCACACAGCAACGGGGUCAGAAAUGGAACCUUUUCACGCGCCGCCUCGUCAUCCUCCUCAUCUUCAUCCACAGCCCAUAAAAACCCCAAGAAACUGCAGUCGAACCCAUCCAUCAACAGUCAGAGCAGCAAGAGGAGCAAAGGAAGCUCCAAAUCCAACAGCUCCCAGAUCCCCAUUGAGGCCCAGGAUGAUUGCUGUGUCCACUGCAUCUUGGCCUGUCUCUUCUGCGAGUUCCUCACACUGUGCAACAUCGUGCUGGACUGCGCAACAUGCGGCUCCUGCGCAUCAGACGACUCAUGCUUCUGCUGCUGCUGCGCUUCAGAGGAAUGUGGCGACUGCGACCUGCCCUGUGACAUGGACUGCGGCAUCAUUGACGCGUGCUGCGAGUCUGCAGACUGUCUGGAGAUCUGCAUGGAGUGCUGCGGCCUGUGCUUCUCCUCUUGAGACUCCCGCAGGGGGCGCUGCCUCUUUCACUGAUUUGGGACCUGAGAAGAAACAAGCAAAGAAUGACAUCUGAUGAUCUGGAGUUGUGAGUUAGCUUUCUUUUGAACUGUCUUGCUAGGAGAAGGGUUAGUCAUCCUACACUAGUGGUGUUUUUCUGCAGUCGUCUUUAUACAUAUGAACUCUUUCUGGGCUGGUUUCUGCUUAAAAUGUUUUGUUGAGUCUGCAUUGGCAUGAUGCUGAAUACAAAUACAUCCAAAAGACUUAAGAGGCCACUGAGAAAAGCCAAAACAAAUUCAAAAAUGUCAGUGUUUGUUAGUUAUUUCAAAUCGACUUAGUGCCAGACUUUUGAUUAAUGCACAAUCCACAGCCAUCCAGUGGUUUAAGAAUUUUGCAAUGAUGCACACCAUAAAAGAGCUUGAAUUGCAACUCAGAUCCGUUGUCUCCUAAAAAGCAAUACAUAUCCAAAGAUCACAUACACAAUCAAAACUUCCCCUAUUUUGCUAUGUUAAUCCCAAAUAUAACCUCUCCAUACGCACACUUACUGUAGUACACUGGUGUAGUCCUUUGAGGAUUACAAAAGCCAUAAACUGUGAGUGUGAAACUCAUAGAUGUAUCCGAGUGGGAGAAAGAUGCGUGUAUUUAAUAUAUGGUGCCAUACUACAGUUGUAUCAUAGAUUGUAUAUAAACGUGAAAAGAAUCCUGUCACUCUCUACAUUUGGUCCUGUGAUGUUCUUACUCAAAUGAGCUUUAUUCAGUUCAAUUCAAAUGAACUUUAUUGGCAUGACUUGCACAUUAUUGCCAAAGCAUUGUCCAUUACAUGAAUAUUCUUAUUCUCACUCUUUCACUCAUCGGUCAAUCAAUCUUCUUACAUACUGGAAUAUUAUACUUUAAGCGGUUGUGAAUUGCUCUGUAUUUUUUCCAAUGUGAAAUAUCUGUUCUGUAAUUCCAAUACUUUCCAUUUAAAUCAGUUGUGUGUGAAUCUAAAUGUUAAAUUUAUGUAUCUACCUAUUGUUUUAUUGUUUUAGUGUUAGCAGUAUUAUUUUAUCUUUUCUAAAAAAAAAAAAAAAAAAAUGGAUUCCUUGCUGUCUACAUCUAGAGCAGCACAUAACUUCAACACCCAAUAAUCCAAACCAUAAACCGUACAUAAUCAUCUCACAGAAUGAUGGUGAAAAGCAGUGCAUUGAUUUGAAUUGUUUACAUUUUAAGGACACAUCUCUAUUCUUGUUUGGAGGUAGACAGGAUAUGUUUUUAACUGGACAAGACUGUACAGCAAUGGAAUAAAAGAACAGGAUGAAAGAAAUCUAUUACUGUUAUAUUUGGUGUUUGUUUUUUGUUUUUGUUUUUUUGUUUUUAUAGGAAAGAAUCCCAUUGUCUGGUAUCAGAGUUCAAACCCCAAAGUGUAUCAAAGGCAAUGGUUUGCAUUAUUUAAAUUUAGUUAAAUCUUAUUUUAUUAUUAAUUAAAAUGUAAAAAAAACCUACAAAAUAAAGAUAUACAACAUUAAGCUGCCACCAUAUUUUUGAGUUUAAUUACAACACAAGAACCAGAAAUACAUAAAAUUUGUCUUUAACAAACAAAAACAAAAAAAAAUAGGGAGCUUUGGAGUCAAAAAGGUUGAGAACCACUGAUCUAAGGUCCUUUCAUGCUGGGAAAUACAUUUGUUCUCUAAACAGCGUCUGCUUUAUUUGCUCAUAACUGAAUCACAUCAUCCACACUGGCAUCUUGUUAGCAUUUGUUACGCAUAAUCCUCAUAUUUUCGUCUUAUUUUGCAAUUAGCUGUGUGAAGUUGUGUGUUAAAGACUGCUGCUUGGACAGGCAUCGCCUCCAACCUCAUUUCUGUUGCCCAAGAAAGUUCUGUGAGGCUUGGGCAACAGAAAACAGUGCGGUUUAAUAGGCUCUUAAAGGGCUGCCAAAGUUGUUGAAAAGGAAUGUCUGUUCGAGGCAGCAGUGCAGUGUGUGAUAAGACCUUCUCUGUUACAUCUCUUGUUCACUUUG